GAAAGAUUCGAAUGCCGCCAGUUAUCAGCAGCCUCGACCACAAACAAUUAUACGUCACAUCGCAUACGCUCGCCGUAUGAUAAUUUUAUUGCUCGUAGAUCAGCUGCUCGCCGUUUCGAGAUUUUGUGCGCGUGGCAUGUUUGCUGCAUGGAUUGGCUAUAAUCAUUGAUGCAGUUUCUUCGUAGUUAAAUUAAUUUUUUUUUAUAAAAAUUUCAGAGAAAGAUGGGGGUGCUCAUAUUUUUUUACACACUCUUGUUGUGCUCCACUCAACUUGGGGCUGACAAGAAGAUUAACAAAUACGUAACAACUUUAAUAAAUGCUAAGUGGAAUGAGACACCUCUCAUUCUUGAAGCAGCUGAGUAUCUCAGUGAUGAAAAUCCAAGUUACUUUUGGAAAUUUAUCGAUGCGUAUUCUAGAAAAAUUAGUGAUCUUGUAAUAGCUACAGAAAAGGAGAAUUAUGACAUAAUUUUGGAACUGGUUAAGAAAUAUUUAUCUGAAGCAGAGAUAGCAGUUUUUAAGUUAGGAUUGUCUUUACGUAUUUAUUCUGCACGUGUUGAAAUGUUUUCUCAAAUGGCUGUGAAUAAAAAUGUUUCUUUGUAUGGUUGUAACAAUGUUGUUAAUGUUGGUGGAACAUUUACUUGUUCUCUACAAGACAUAGAUACAUUAUUAGAGCAGGAUACAUGGGAAACUGCAGAUACUUAUGAUGUAGAUCACCGAUACUUGAGUGCUUCAGAAUCUGAUAAAGUAAUCAUACUGUAUGGUCAGAUUGGGACUCCUACGUUCAUUGAUUUUCAUCAAAAGCUAAAAAACAUAGCAGAAACAAAGGAGAUUAAUUAUAUUCUUCGUCAUUAUGUGAAGAAUAGAGCAGAUAAGAAAUUGCGUUUAUCAGGCUAUGGUGUAGAAUUGCAAAUGAAAUCUACAGAAUACAAAGCAACAGAUGAUUCUGAUAUCAAGGAUAACACAGGAAAGAGUUCAGAAGUGGCAAAUGAUGGCAUGGAAGAAAUUGAGGGAAUCAACUUUAUGAUUUUAAAAAAACUAUAUCCAGAUCAACAAGCCGAACUGGAUAAAAUACAAAUGCAUUUAUUGGAAACUAGUCACGAGAUUGGUGCUUUCAAAGUAUGGCAAUUUCAAGAAUUGAGUCACCAAGCAGCCGAAAGGAUAAUGAAAUCUCCUUCUGUGGAUGCAUUAAAUGUCUUAACCGAUAUAUCACAGAAUUUUCCUAUGCAGGCAAAAUCUCUGAUUAGAACUAAGGUGAAUAGUGAUAUGAAGAAGGAAAUGAAACUAAAUCAGGAAAUAUUCAUGGCAGGUCUAAAUAUACAACCAACUGACACGGCACUAUUUAUCAAUGGUUUAUUUUUCGAUUUGGAAGCUAUUGAUGUACUAACUCUGCUAGAGUCGUUGAGAAGCGAGUUACGAGUAAUGGAAGCUCUUCAUAAAAUUGGUUUUAGUAACAAAAAGAUGAGCAAACUGUUAGCAUUGGAUUUAUCUGGAAGCACAGAUAAUCAAAAUUUUGCAAUGGAUAUAAGAGAUUCCGCAAUUAAUUGGAUCAAUGAUAUUGAAAAUGAUUCACGUUACAGUAAAUGGUCACGGUCAUUAACAGAGCUGUUACGACCAACUUUCCCUGGCAUGCUCAGAAAUAUCAGAAGAAAUUUGUAUAAUUUAGUGUUAAUUAUCGAUCCUCUAAGUGAAGAUUCCAUGUCACUAAUAGCUCUAGCACAAUCUCUUUAUGCACAUUCUGCUCCAUUGAGAGUCGGAUUGGUCUUUGUGACAAAUUUUAAUACAUCUGUCACAGGUUUAAUGGAUGCUAGUGUUGCAAUUAACAAUGCAUACCAUUAUUUUGCAGACACUAAAAGUUCUAAAGAGGCUUUACAUUUCUUAUCAGAGUUGGGAAAUUACAUUGGGCCUUAUGGUGCUGAUAUAGACGAUAUAAAAAAAGUUAUCAGGUCUAAAGAUUCGUCCGCUAGUAUAAUUUACAUCCUCGGAGAAGAGUCUGAAUACGACGUUGGCCGACAUUUAGCUAGUGACUUUAUAAAACGAUGUAGUUUCAAGAAGUUUCCGCAAGCUCUAUUGAAUGGGAUACCUUUGACGCCCAGUCAGAUAAAUUCUGAAUCGUACGAAGAAGCAGUACUAUCUACCAUUAUGUCGCAAACACCGGCAUUACAAAAAGCGGUAUAUCGUGGUGAAUUAACGGAAGGGGACGACGUCGUUGAUUUUCUGAUGAAUCAACCAAAUGUUAUGCCACGCUUGAACGAACGUAUUUUAAAAGUGGACAAGAACGCAUGGCUAAAUUUAAUCGGCACAAUUCCUGACGAUGACGAUUAUACCAAAUGGAGUUCUCCAGAUCUAUCGACUUAUUUAAUGACAAAAAUGCAGUACUUUUUUGUACCACGACGCAAUAACGUGCGUCACUUAUAUUCCUUUUGGAUCGUAGUCGAUUUGAGAUCAUCGUCUGGUAGACAAUUACUACGAGAGGCGCUUGAAUAUGUAGAAUCAAAUACCGAUGCGCGAAUUAGUAUUAUUGUUAAUGCCGAAGAUAACUUAAAAAAUUCAAAGUCUGAUAUUAAUAAGAUUGUUCUAGCUGCGUUAAAUGCAUUGUCACCGGAAAAAGCUAUACUUUACAUACGUAAAAUAAUCAGAGAAGAGAAUGCAGCUCUCAUUACCGAUGGUAGUUUUGAGAUUGAAGAUGAAUCUGUUGCGGCGCUGUUAGAGAAUCAAAAUCCAAUAUUAUUAUUACAUCAACAUUAUAGUAAAAAUGUCUUAAACUUGGAAACGGGAGCGAAAGCAGUUUUGUGUAAUGGUCGUAUUAUUGGUCCCUUGGAUAGCGGCGAAGAAUUUACAAGCGAAGAUUUCUCUUUAUUAGAAAGAUUUAGUCAAAGCACUUAUGGAGAAAAAUUAUUUAUGAAAUUGAUGAAGGAUCAAUUUUAUAAUGAAGAUGAUUAUGAAGAGGAAAAUAAUAUCACAGAUGAUAUGAUUAUGAAGAUCAGUUCGCUUUUAGUACCACGUCCUCAAACUCGAAAUCGAUAUGAUGUUCCUUUCCAUGGGGAUGAUAACAGUGUCAUAAAAAUUCCAGCGGCUGAUCCCGAUAAAGUUGCUUUUAACUUUAUCGCUAUUGUAGACCCGGUUUCACGUGGGGCUCAAAAAUUGGGCCCAAUAUUGAAAACAGUACAACAAGCCUUAAAUUGUAAUAUAAAAGUAUUCUUGAAUUGCUUAGAUAAAAAUAGCGAUAUGCCAUUGAAAAGCUUUUAUCGAUUUGUGCUCGAACCUGAGUUACAAUUCACACCCGAAGGAGAUAUCAGCGGCUCUAUUGCAAAGUUUACAAAACUUCCAACUUCUUCAUUACUAACGCAAUACAUUCACGCUCCGGAAAAUUGGUUGGUGGAAGUAGUCCGUAGUGUUUAUGAUCUAGACAACAUUAAGUUGGAUAAUGUCGCGAUCGGCGUCCAUAGUGAAUUCGAAUUGGAAUAUUUACUACUCGAAGGUCAUUGUUUCGAAGCAAUAGUGGGAAAUCCACCGCGAGGCCUGCAAUUUACGUUAGGCACCGAGAAACAACCCGUAAUGGUUGACACUAUAGUUAUGGCGAAUUUGGGAUACUUCCAGCUCAAGGCGAAUCCUGGUGAAUGGGUGCUGCGACUUCGACAGGGAAGAUCCGCGGAAAUAUACGACUUCAGCACGGUCGAGGGACAGGAUGUUAUUCAAAACGGCAACGACGUGAAAGUUCUGAUAAGUUCUCUGAGAAGCCACGUGCUGAAGGUCAAGGUAUCUAAGAAGCCAGACAAGGCGGGACUCGAUCUCUUAUCGGACAAUGAGAAGGAUUCCGGACUGUGGAACUCCAUUUCUAGGACGUUUACCGCAACAGAUGAAAGUGAAGACCAAGAUGAGAAAUUAAACAUUUUCUCUCUUGCUUCUGGCCACUUAUAUGAAAGAUUCCUGAAGAUCAUGAUGCUCAGUGUUAUUAAACAUACCAAAACGCCGGUUAAAUUCUGGUUCUUGAAGAAUUAUCUUUCACCGACGGUAAAAGAUUUUCUACCACAUAUGGCUAAAGAAUAUGGUUUCGAAUACGAACUUGUGCAAUAUAAAUGGCCUCGUUGGCUUCAUCAGCAAACUGAGAAACAGAGAACUAUUUGGGGAUAUAAGAUCUUGUUCCUCGACGUCUUGUUUCCGUUAAACGUUAAAAAAAUAAUAUUCGUCGACGCUGAUCAGGUGGUAAGAGCAGAUUUGAAGGAGUUAGCAACUUUGGAUCUCGGCGGUGCGCCAUACGCUUAUACACCGUUCUGUGAUAGUAGAACUGAAAUGGAUGGAUUCCGAUUCUGGAAACAAGGAUAUUGGAGAAAUCACUUGCAGGGUCGGGCUUAUCACAUCAGCGCAUUAUACGUGGUAGAUCUCAAGCGAUUCCGUCGUAUCGCAGCCGGAGAUAGGUUGCGAGGACAGUAUCAGGCGUUGAGUCAAGAUCCAAACAGUUUGUCAAAUCUUGAUCAAGAUUUGCCAAACAAUAUGAUUCAUCAAGUGGCCAUCAAGACAUUACCACAGGAAUGGUUGUGGUGUGAGACAUGGUGUGAUGAUGCAUCCAAGCGUUAUGCUAAAACUAUAGAUUUAUGUAAUAAUCCAAUGACUAAAGAAGCUAAAUUACAAGCAGCUAUGCGUAUUUUGCCCGAAUGGGUAGGUUAUGAUGAAGAAAUUAAAGCUCUACAGCAAAAAUUAGAGAAUGCAAACAGACAAACGGAGAAAGAUAGUGCUUGGCCUCUGUCAAUUGUCCGCGCGCCCACAUCGUUCGCGUUCCUUCUCGUCGACGAGUUGCCUCGUAACUGGGGCGAUAUGGAGAACAAUUCUGUCAUCAACGGAAACAGCUCUGUGAAUUUGCAAACUGUCCAGCAGAACACCAAAGCUAAUGAAUUCAAGGACAAGGCGAUUUAUGGUUACGGAACGAGUAUUCCGCCUAAUAAUAAUGAAGACGAGGAGAGUGAAAUAUCGACACGGAAGGUGAUCUUUUGCGUUCAUGGAAAAUUAUCGGGCUGUUGCACAGUAGUGAAGAGCUCGGUUGAUGAAAAUGCAGCUGUGGACUAUCGGCAGAAUCCUAUAACCCCAGAGGAUCAUUGUCACAGAGAGAGGAACGAGGAGAUUGACAAGAAGGCCCGAAAGAAGUUGUUGAUCGCCAGUGUGCUGUGCGUUAUUUUCAUGAUAGCAGAAAUUAUCGGCGGAGUAUUAUCGAAUAGUUUGGCGAUAGCGACUGAUGCUGCACAUUUGUUGACUGACUUUGCCUCAUUUAUGAUAUCUCUAUUUUCGAUUUGGGUGGCGGGUAGACCAGCCACCAGAAAAAUGCCUUUCGGUUGGUAUCGCGCAGAAGUUAUCGGCGCGUUAACUUCAGUCUUAUUAAUAUGGGUGGUCACUGGCAUUUUAUUAUACCUUGCGGUCGAAAGAAUCGUCCACAAAAACUUUGAGUUGGAUGCUAUGGUAAUGCUGAUCACGUCUGCAGUUGGUGUUGCGGUAAAUCUAGUAAUGGGCCUGUCGUUGCAUCAACAUGGCCAUAGUCACGGUGGUGGACACGACCACGGAGGAAAUAAUGACGUGGAAAAUGUGCUCGAUGAUGAUUUCAAAGGGGAAGAUUCGAAAAAAAAUAUCAAUGUACGCGCUGCCUUCAUUCACGUUUUAGGCGAUUUUAUUCAAAGUGUGGGAGUAUUUAUCGCUGCAUUAAUCAUUUACUUUAAGCCAACGUGGAUCAUAGUGGAUCCUAUAUGUACGUUCCUCUUCUCCAUAUUAGUUAUUCUCACUACCGUAGCGAUUAUUAAGGAUGUUGUUAACGUUCUGAUGGAAGGAAUUCCCAAGGGUUUCGAGUAUUCCCAAGUGGAAAGCACGUUUAUGCAAAUAGAUGGAGUCGUUAAGGUCCAUAAUCUUAGAAUUUGGGCGCUUUCGCUCGACAAAACCGCUCUGUCGGCGCAUCUCGCUAUAAAACCUGGAACGAGCCCCCAGAACAUCUUACGCACUGCCACACGAAAUAUCCACGACAAGUACAAAUUCUUCGAGAUGACGUUACAGAUAGAGGAAUUUAAUGAACGAAUGGAAAAUUGUAAACAAUGCAAAGCGUUAUCGCAGUAAGUCGCCGUUGUAAUUGUACAUGGCUCAAUCGUAAUGUGCAACGUGCAUCGAAGAUAAUUUUAAAAGUCUUGUGAUUGUUAGGACACACUUUAUUGAACAAAGAUACAAUUGACGAUAAGAUUGUUUCAUGCGCGGAAGCAAAAUACGUGUGUUACGUUAAAUUCUUAUUAUUUUUCUUUUCUUUUUUCGUUUCGGACUUUUAGCUUCGUGAACAAAUACACGAAUUCAGUCAAUAACAGUCAUACAGCGUGUUGCGUUUAAAUGUUAAUAGUCUUUUUGUUAUUUGAUUUAAAUAAAUUAUAAGUAGUUUUAUGAGUAAGUUAAGUUGUAUCCCUCAAUUAUUAUACAAUUGAUGAAGCAAAAAUAAUAACGAAUAUUAUAAUUGCUUCUCGCAUUGCAAACAACCGUGCUAUUUCCAAGAUAAAUAUUGUGAUUAAUAUUAAUAGUUUCAAAAUAAUUGUAUAUUUCAGUAAAUGUUACCAGUAACUAAUUCAUCGAGAAUCGUGUUGUACAUAUAAAAAUAGAAAAAAAAAUAGAUGAAAUAAGAGAUUUAUUAUAUUAAAUAAAUAUCCAAACUCUCUAAUUGCAUAAUUCAACAUAUGUAUAGACAGACGAGUGCUUGUCUAUGUCGUAAAUUUAUGUAAUUGUUGCAGGAUAUUUUAUCUAAUAUAAUUGUAUUUGAUAUCAAUAAGUAAUGUAAACACAUACACAUUUAUUCGAAAAUCUGUAAUUUAUUUUCAGAAUUAUCCGACCGACUUAUAAAAUGAAUUUUCAUACUCCGAUA